UGUUUAGAUAAUUGGUUGAAUAAAAAAAAAAAAGAGCCCAAUUUUACUUUUCUCCAAAGAAAAAGGCCCAACUCAGAAAUUUCUCUCUCAAAAUAGAGGCCCAUCAGCCUGAAACCAUUUCUCUCUCUCUCUGGGAAUCGCCGCUUCGUCUCAGCGCCCUCUUCCACUCUCUUAAAACUUCGCCUCUCUCCCCGCCGAACCCCCAGUCACUCCAAGCAAAAGGCGCAGCAAAUUGCGGCAAUCAUGACGGCGGCGCCACCCCCGUCGACGGGAAGGGAGCUAUUGAGCCCCCCGACCGACGGAAUUUCCAACCUCAGGUUCUCCAACCACAGUGACCACCUUCUUGUUUCCUCAUGGGAUAAGAGUGUUCGGUUGUAUGAUGCUAGUGCCAAUUCGCUCAGAGGGGAGUUUAUGCACGGAGGGGCUGUACUAGAUUGUUGCUUCCAUGACGAUACCUCAGGGUUUAGUGCUUCUGCUGAUCAUACUGUUAGAAGGCUCGUGUUCAACUACAACAGGGAGAAUGUUUUGGGGCGCCAUGAUGGGCCUGUCCGAUGUGUUGAAUACUCAUACGCAACGGGUCAAGUCAUUACGGGUAGCUGGGACAAAACCUUGAAGUGCUGGGAUCCAAGAAGUUCCAGUGGCCAGGAUCGCUCUCUUGUUGGAACAUAUACUCAACCUGAGCGUGUAUAUUCAAUGUCUCUUGUUGGCAAUCGCUUAGUGGUUGCUACUGCUGGAAGGCAUGUAAAUGUGUAUGAUCUCCGGAACAUGUCUCAACCUGAACAACGAAGGGAAUCUUCUCUGAAAUACCAAACAAGAUGCGUCCGAUGUUAUCCUAAUGGGACAGGUUAUGCUCUUAGUUCUGUUGAAGGACGAGUAGCCAUGGAGUUUUUUGAUCUCUCAGAAGCAGGCCAAUCUAAAAAGUAUGCAUUCAAGUGUCACAGGAAGUCUGAAGCAGCAAGGAGCUAUGCCCGGCGCCGUCUCCUUCACGCCAUCCACCUCACGCCACUGUCCACCCAAAAUCUGCCCACUGCCGCCAGCCUCUUCCCGUUGCCGGCGCCACAUUUUCUGCAGGUGAUACUAUCUUUUGUUUCGCUGACAGUACACACAUGCACGACGCUGCUCCGUUCCUUUUCUUGAAACCGGCGUCACGCCGCCGGAUAGCUUCGACAACAGCCCACCAGUUGAAAGAGCGCCGCCAUCGUUGAUCGCCUUUGUCGACAGCAACGGCCCUUCUCUCCACUGUCCGAGAACUGCUACGCCCGCUGAGAAGAAGCUGGAGACUGCUGCAAAG